AUGCUGUGGUAUGCUCUCGUCAUUACCUUGCUAUUAGUAGUGAGAAAUGGACAAUCAGCAAAAACAAAGACUAUAUGUAAAAAUGAUGAUAUAUAUGCAAUUUCAAGUGGAACAUCAUUUGGAGAAUGUCUCGAAUAUUGUCGUCACUCGAUUAAUAUAACAAAUGUUACGUCUGAGUUAGUCGCAUUAAAAGAAUCUAAUGGAGAUCAAGUAAAAUAUCCAACUAUUCGACGAAAAUUCUGUUUCAAUUCAGUUGAAUGGCAAGAACUUAUUGCUCUUCUCGACCUAGAAAAAUUUAAAAUGUUAAAUGAGGUUCAAGGAUGUCCUGAUUGUGCAGAUGGUGGUGCAGAAUGGAUUGAAGUUAAUUGGUCAAAGAAAAGUAAACGUGUAACAUUCGAACAUGAAGCAUUAGUCGCUGGUAUUGAAGAGCUUAUUAAAUAUUUGCGCGUACUCAGAGAGAAAUAUUUCAAAUAUUUAUGA